AUGUAUUCUGGAAAUUAUGCCCGGUGCAUUGGCAUCACUCUGAUCCCUCUUGCGAUUUUAUGUUUUUUGGCUGACAUUGUACUCUAUUUCCCAAAUGGGGAAACAAAGUUCGCAGAGAGAGACCAACUCACCUCCGUGGUGUGGUUUUUUGAAGGAAUCGGUGGAGGUGGAAUAUUGAUGAUUUUUCCAAUCGUGGUGUUCAUUGGCCUUGGGAAUGAUAACAUCUAUGGUCACUGUCAAACAAGAAUUUAUGGCAAGAGCCGUGUGGUGCUGACCGUGGUUAUGGUGUCGCUGAUCGGAAUGGCUGGUGCUGGAUAUUGUUUCAAUGUCUCUCUUCUGGGUUUAUUAAAGGGCCCGUACUGCCUCACGGAUCUGGGAUGGAACUAUCCCUUCAACCACACGAGUGGAAGAUAUCUCAUUGACCUCACCACAUGGAGCCAGUGCAGAGAACCGAGCCACAUUGUGGCGUGGAAUGUCACACUAUUUUCCAUUCUGCUAGCACUCAGCGGGCUUCAAUUAGCCUUGAUUGUUGCUCACGUCAUAAUCGGGUUAGCUACAGGAACCUUGGGAAACUGUUGUCACCGUAAAAAGUCCAAGGAGUGCACCGAGAUUGACGUCAGUGUCGGAACAGUGUAUCAGAACCAUGGAGCAGUAUAAGACACAACUGACUUGUGUCAAUUGGAAGAGAGUGAGCGCCUCAUUGGUGGGCCUCAUUGCUUUGUUCACUGCCUGGAAUCAUGACUCUGAAUUUCCUCAAACGUUUCUCCCUUCAAACUUCCAAAGCUUGAAACAAACUGGGUUCCCCCACAGGCUUCUGUCAAAGUCACAGGAGAUCAGCUGCAAACAGCCCGGGGAAGUUCAGAGCCUGUGUAAUACUUUGAUUAGGUCUUAUUCUCAUCCCAGUGUUAAGUGUUAAAUGUAUAGAAGAUGUACGCACUCUGUAAAUGAAGUAAUGAUGAACAUUGAUAUCAUGUACGGCCAUGGAGUUCCCAGCAACAAUUAGAUUCGGUCAAGGAUUCAAACCCUAAAAUGGUUUAGAAUAUUUGACUGAAACUUUACAUUGAGGUGACAAUUUUUUAGCCACUUCCUGGUAUUUUCCUAAGUGCCUGCCCCCUAAGGUUGAUUUAGUUCUAUUUUGGGCUGCUGUUUAUUUGCUUGCCGCCAGUGGUUAUCCUGAUGAAAGUUGAUGGACAGUGCAAUCCAUGUUAUUGUUGCUUAGCGAUAGAGCCGGUCGCUGGGGAACUCUGCAUUGUGAGAUUAUCGCGGUUAUAAUACGCUUCUAUAACUCGGUGACAUUCAAACAAGAGUUCCAUCAUUAAUUUGAUCAUGCCAGGAUCUGUGUCUUAAAUCUUGUUUACCUGGCUUUGUUUCCAUAUCCCUUAAUAGCUUUGCCUAGCAAAAUAUAUUGAUCACAAUUGUGAAAUUUUCAGCUUAUCCCUAAACACAACAGGAUUUUGAGGAAAUGGCUGAAGUGCUCCAGUCUCUCAACUCUUAAACUGUACCCAGCUCAUUCACCCAACUGCACCCUCAUUCACCCACUCAAACCUACAAUCACUCACACCCAUCCACAAACCCAUUCACCUGUUCAAAGAUCCAUUUAUGAAUAGCCACAUGCACACACACACACACUCUUACUCACCUCCACAAUCACUUAUACCACUCAUACAUCCAUUAACUCACCCACACCCUCAUUCACUUAUUAACACAUCCAUUCACUCACACUCAGCCACAUCUGGUUCAUUCUUGUUAUAUUCAGUGAAAAAAAUGAAAAUUCCUUGAAAUGGCUUCCCUUCCUUCUCCCAUGUGGUAUCACUCAAGGAUCUAUCCUUGACCCUUCUCCUAUUUUCAUCUAGAUGUUACUCCUCAGCAAUAUCACCUGUAAACACACGCCAGAUUCCAUAUGGUGACACCCAGCUCCACUGACACACCACUGCUGACCCCUCCACUUCUUCCCUGAUGUCAUGAUGCUUGCCCAAUAUCUUGGAUUGGAUGGACUGUAAUGUCUUCCUAUUAAAUACUGACGAAAGUGGUGCCAUUGGCUUUGGUCAGCGCUCCCCAUUCUUUUUGCUGGUCAUGGCCUGAAACUUAGUCUGACUGCAAUCUUGGCAUCCCACUUGGCUUUGACCUAGUGUCCUCUGGGAUUGCAUCACCAAGUGCAUCUCUGCCCUAUCCUCAACCCAUCUGUGCUAAAACUUAGCUGUGCUUCACUUAGAUCCACGCUUGACUAUUCCAAGGAUCUCCAAUCCCAGGGCACUGAUAAAAGAAAGGAUAUGCGAUAUCUGGCCUAUGUUUGUCCUUCAAGCUUGCCAUCAAAAAUAGAUGGUUUGGCCAUUUACUUCAUUGAUUUUUCUGGGACCUCAGCAAGCACAAAUUACCGGCCAGUUUGCUACAUUACACAUGUGUACAAUGAAGAUACACUCUCUCAAAGCCAACUGUUUAAGAAUUGGAGGUGACGGGAAAUAAAACAGCCAUUUUUGGAAUGAGCCAUGAAUUUUCAAAAAAUGCAUUUGCUUGAUUAAAAGGAAUUUAUUUGGAUAGUUCAGCUAGAUACCCCCAGACUUGUUCAAGUUCUGAAGAAGAACCCUCAAAAUGUCAACUGUGUUUCUCUCUCCACAGAUGCUGCCAGCCCUGCUGAGUUUCUCCAGCAAUCUCUGUGUAUCUGAUUCCCAGCAGCGGGAAUAAUUUGGCUUUAUUGGUAUUGUCUUGUGCUGAUUAUCUCUGCCUGCCUUACAUGUAGACCUUAACCCCCCUCUGACCUGGAGUGGCUUGAACAUGCCCCCAUACAUAGCGCAGGGCAGGAGCUAAUUACUGCGGAUGCUGGAAUCUGUACUGAAAGCAAGAAGUGCUGGGAAUCACAGUGGAUCAGACAGCAUCUGUGGAAAGAGAGAGAGAGAGAGCUAAUAUUUUGAGUCUUGAUGAUUCUUCAUCAGAGCUGGCCCCUUACAUAACACCCUUGGGCUGAAGGCUGUUGCCAGUUUUGAGAGAGAAGUAGCUUUGUAUCUUUGUAAAAGUUCUUUGAGAAGUUCUGAAAUUACUAAAGAUCUUUAAUAAAUGUAAAUACUCUAAUUU